GCUAACCGAGAAGUGCACUGUUUGUAAGAAACACGAAAGAAAUCGAGUAAAUUAUCAAAAUGAUGAAAUCGAAAACAGAAAGGCGAACCAAAACCUGGAAGUAAAGUUUAUUGGAAGCCUAAAUGAGACUGAUUCAGACACGAUGGAAGAGGAAGAGAAUAGUAGCAGAACUGAAUACGAUGAUGAAGAGAGAGAAAGUGAAGAGGAGGUUGAAGAUGAUUGUGGAGAAGACGCUGAGGAGGUGUUUGUGGAACACGAGCGACAAGAGAGAGAACUGGAGGAGACAACUGAGGAUGAAGAGAGUAUUAGAAGAACUGAAUACGAAGAGGAAGUGAGAGAAAUUGAAGAGGAGGUUGAAGAUGAUUGUGGAGCUGACGCUGAAGAGGUGUUUGUGGAACACGAGCGACAAGAGAGAGAACUGGAGGAGACAAUGGAGGAUGAAGAGAGUAGUAGUAGAACUGAAUACGAAGAUGAAGUGAGAGAAAGGGAAGGGGAGGUUGAAGAUGAUUGUGGAGAAGACGCUGAGGUGGUGUUUGUGGAACACGAGCGACAAGAGAGAGAACUGGAGGAGCUGGAAGUGUUGAGGGUCCGCCACAAGAACGCUGGGCGGAGUUCGGUGGAGCGAAAGCGUGGAGGAGGAGUGGUGUGACAUUGAAGUAACCUCAAGUACUCCACACUAUCACACAGGCUACGGGGUCGGUGUCAAACCCUUCCGACCAGGCUAUUAGUACUUGUGUACCUUAACUUUCAAAUGGAUAAAUUUUUUCACAAAUUUCUUUAAAUAAAGGUAUUGGUACUUGCGUAACUUACAAGGGAACACUAGUUAGCUGCUGGUCGUGCAUCUGAGGCUGGGCUUGUAA